AUGUCAAAAGAGAGAAAAGAAUUUCAAUGGUUUAUAGAACCACAAUGCUUUUUUUUUUAAGAGGUAAAACUCUUUUUCAAGGAUUUUUUUGGGCAAGUGAAAUAGAUUUUUGGGCAAGCAUAUUCCAACUAUUAAAAAAUUUACUUGGCCAACCAGGAAAGUGCUUCUAAAAAGUUAUGUAGCACCCUGAAAAGAGCCAAAGAAAAAUAAUGAGACAAGGAAAAGGGAGGAUAAGGAGUAAGAGGAGAAGAAGAAGUAGGAGGGUCAAGAAGAGGAGGAGGAGAAGGAAGAAGAGAAGGGAAGAAGGAAGAAGAGAAGGGAAGAAGAUGGGGUGGAGAAUGGGUAAAAUGAUACACUGUACCAAUACAAAGAAAAAACUUUAAAAACAAUAAUAAUACAAAGAAAUAGAGUUGGAGACUAAUCAUUUGCACAUUGUCACGCCCUGUAUUAAUAUUAAAUGAUGUUAAGACUUGGCUGGGUAAUGGCCCUCAACAUUCUGAUUGAAACUCAAUAACUAAAACAUUAUACAAAAUAUUUCAUAAUAAUUUUUUUGCAAUAUUAAUAUGUUUGCAAUAUUUCCUUCAUCAAAACAGGCAAAAUAUGACCCUUUCAAAUGAAAUAACAUACAUAUGUUCAUGUAUGCAUUUAAGUCAUUGUAUGAUUAUCUUUUGAAUAAGGUCACUCCUACUUUAGUCCUUGUUUGCGCAAGUUUUGGCAAAUUGUCACAUAUUUUCCUUUAACUUUUAAAUGAAAGUUAUUUACACUUAUCUAUGACACAUUGUAAAGUGUUUUUCCUUGUUUUUAGUCUGAAGUGAAGCAUGCAUUAUUAAAACGAUGUUGACCUUUUGUUCUGUUUCCUUCCUUCUGUGUACUUUUCUUUAGAUUGUGUACUUGAAAAAAACUUCUGUUAACUUCCUUCCAAUAUGCUGAUGAAACACAUUCACCAGCGCGCGAUACAAAUAUUUUAUUCAUCUACACUAUUAAGCACUCCUGUUUUUUUUCUUCCUGAAAAUGGGAGUGGGUGGGGCUAUUUGAUUACAGAAUGUUUCUGUGCAAAGUAAAAGAAAGAUAAUGAUGAAUCUGAAUCUGUCAUUUCAUUUACACUAUUCCCUGGUUAUAUUGUGAUGGACAAAUUAUUAUUGGAUUUUUUUAAAUUCUGAUUUCAUUUCACAAAGCAAUAUGAUUGUUCUCAUUUGCUGUAUGGGAACACAUUUUAUUUACGCUCAGGAUUUCAGUUCAGAUCAGAUAUAAUUCUUUCAAUAUUCAUUGGCAAUAUAAAUUGUGAAAUUUCAUUUUAUUUUCUUAUAUUGAAAGGCUAAGAAAGAAUGGGAUAUCUGAAAUAUUCUACAAACUAAAAGGGGCCAAUAUUGCACUCAUCUACAAUGAAUGAAAGUCAUCCAAUAUGAUUAUUUGUAUCUUUAAUGAUACAUGAGAGUUAGUAUUAGACUACCGGUAUGCAGUAAGGCACAAUAUUGCAAAAGAGGUUUUGUAAGUUAGCCUGCAUGAGGGCUUUAUCAGAUUUCUGUGUAUCAUGCAAUACUGCAUAGGCAAAUCUUGCAGACCAAAAUAUGCAUAAUGUAUACUGUAUAGCUAAAACGUCUGAAGAUAAUGAUAUAGUGUUUAUUAAUAUAUAUACUUUCAAGGAAACUGCCCUUGCAUUAGAGAAACUACGUCAAUUUCAAAUGCACCAUUUUUCUUCUACAAUCAGCAUUUAAGUAUAUAUGAAGGGGGCAACUUUGUUUUUAACCAAAUGCAUUUUAAAAACUUGUUCUGGCCUGAAGAAGAUUGAUAUGAUUACUUCCUAAUCAAUGAUUUGAUCCUACUGUAGAUUCAUAACUAUUGCUGAUAAGGGGUUUAUAAUUGACUUUUGAUUUCCUGUAAUUACUUUUAAUUUUCCUAUGAUUGCUUUUAAUUUUCCUAUGAUUGCUUUUGAUUUGUUGUAUGAUUACUGCUCCAGGAAAAAAGUGUGUAAUAUGCAUGUAAUAGCAACUUUCUGUCAUUUUGUUUUUUUAAUUAGUUUUCUUGGCAUGCUUUAGAUUGUAGGUACAUGUAUAGAGUACUAGCAUUUCAGCAUUUUCAAAUCAUAUUUCAUGAUUUCAUAAUUGCCUAGUUCAUGACUGUUCAGAACCAGGCCAACAUGAAUGAUUUUAAUGGUAUUUAUGCAACCACAUACCGAGCCUCCAUGAUUCAUUUAAUCAUCUCCCACCCAAAUUUGGCUGUGGAUCCUUUUCAUCAUGCAGAGUUGCUAGUUAGUAGGAUUUUAUCCUAUUAGAAGGAUUUUUAAGGGGGAAAGUGACUUUUAAUAGCAUUUCCCCCUUAGAAAUAGGACUUUUGAAUCUUGUAAGAAUGGUUAAUUUUUGGUAUGUGUUUUCAAAAUUGUAACAUUUUAAAGAAAAAUGGGAUAUAAGGCUUGAAAAUAGGAUAAGAAGAAGAAGAGAAUAUGAUUUUUCACAAUUAAGGUUGGAAGCUCUAAUCAUGCUCCGGUGAGACAUCCAAAACAUCUCCCAGAAAGUCUUGGCCUCAUGACUUUAGUACCUUAUCUACUUGAGUAGCUUCUUUUAUAAUAAUAAUAUAGAUAUAUUUACCCAGGGAAGCCACUUCAGUUUUGAAAAUUGUUCUCCCAGCGGGCCCUGCUAUUGUUAUUACCCUGGCUUUAGCUGGACUGCCUAGGCAGGCGGUCAAGCAUUUAAGGAAUUUCUUCCUACCAGGUACCCAUUCACCUCAUCGGGUUGAGUGCAGCACAAUGUGGAUACAUUUCUUGCUGAAGGAAAUUACGCCAUGGCUGGGAUUCGAACCCACAACCCUCUGUUUCAAAGUCAGAAGACUAAUCCACUCAUAUUCAUACAUGUAGUUGUACUAUGGGUGGAACUUUUAAGUCCAAGGCUCUGUAACUCAAAAGUUUGUGGUCAAUUGCUAAAUGGCAAUAGCCAGUCAAAGUCAUUGUUGCAUGCACAUUUACUGACAAGGAGCCAAUCAAAACAGUUCUUUCAUAAUUCCAAUCUAGCACAAACCUUUAUGGGGCUAAGAAGUAAAUAAAUGUUAUUGCUUAAAAAAGUUUUAUAUGUACAUGUACAUUACCGGAAUUAUCAAAUGUGAGUAUGCUCCUAUCGUUAUAAGUAUUAUUUCUUUUCUGGUUUUGAAUAUUUUAUAGGUUGAAGGCGACACUGUUACAUUUAACUUUGAGAUGAGAAGUGGUCGUGAGCACAACACUCCUGACAAGGCCCUCUGGGGGUUUAGUUGCACAGUCAGAGCGCAGGAAUCAUCGGAGGACUGCACCAGUGGUCUUCCGUUUGUUGCUGACUUGGCUCUCGGCCUGACAGUUCUAGGUUCAAGCCUCCUCAAAGUGCUCUACGAAGGACCAGAGGUGACGGGCGCUGAGGAACGAUGCCAUGCCCUACUGUCUUCAAAGAUAAUCCAGAGGUGUGCUUGGCAUGAGAUGCUACAGCAGCCUAAUACAGGUCCAUCAUCAGGAAGUAAAGAGAAAGGUUCAGGCACCAGUCUCCCAAGGCUCAAGCUUUCUAAGGAUACACUACAGAGACUGAGGGUGAUGUCUGGCAGAGCUGCUCCCUUCAUGAGGUCUAGUAUCAAAGAUGUGAUAAAUCCUGUUGUCUUGGAAGAGGCCCUUGUAUCCGCUGCCAUCAAACUACUUGAUCUUGAACCGAUGCUGAACUCUCUGAGCAGCAGUGAGACCGGUCUGACUGCUGGCAGCCCUGGUCAAAAUGGCUUUAUGAAGAUGAUAGCAGAGGUCUUCAAUAGAGUGAACACCCUUGAAAGACAACUCAUGUUCAUUGGCGAGUUAGAGCAACGUUGGGAAAGAGAGCAUGAUGAAAUGAAAGCUGAAAUAGAUGAUUCUCAACCGUUCUUUAUUGAUUUCCAUCUUCAAGAGGACAAAAAGAAGGAUAUUGAAACACUCUGCUUCAUCCUAGAUAUAGACUCUGAAUCUAUUAGUGCUGAAGAAGCAGUCAAACUUCUCAGGGACAGAAUGAAAGAGAGUCGGCCAGAGGAGGAUGAAUCACAGAAGAUGACAAAGACAAAGGGAUUAGUGGCAGCCAUCUUGGAAAGAGCCAACGCGCUACUGGAUGUAUCAAUACCGAGAGAGAAUGGUUCAUCUAGCAUCGGUCGGAGUAUAUCACACGGUGGUGAUGAGCUUGGUACAUUACCCUGGAAUGGAGGAGUAAGCAGUCAACCUUCUACCAGUACUAAUCAGUUUUCAAGAAGUCUCUCAAUGCCAGCUGAUCUCACCAAAGCUAGGCCAGCAUCUUCGGAUAAGUCAUCCAGCAGACCUUACCAGAUGCGUCGAUCCAGGAGCAGUGCUUACAGCGGCACUCCAGAACGCAACCAGAACCUCAACAACUUACUAGAUGAAAUAUUUGCCUUCAUUGGAACCAAACGUAAUCAAACCGUAUCUAGGGACGAGUUCCUCUCGGCGGUCAAGGCAAGACGUCAACGUGGAUGGUCAAGACAGCAAGCCUUGGUCCAUGCCCAUCGGCUGAUGACCACUGCUGGUCGCUCAGAGGGGUAUGCUCAUCUGGUGACCGCUAUAACAUCAGUCUUGCAGCAGGGACCUAGGAUAGAUGACCUGAAGUGCGGUGGUUUUGUUGAGACUGUCAGACAAGCAUUUUCGGAUGCUAUGACGGCCAUUGUUCAACUUGCUACUCAUCAUCCAACUGAUUGUGCUUACAGUAUAGGACUCCUGUGUACCAUCCCAUACACAAGGAGUGAAGAGAAGUGCCUGGUUGAUAGUCAGUUGGUCAGUUUACUGGACAGACUAUGUAGCCUUGGUCAUUCAUCUGGUCAGCCAUCAAGGCCAGAAUCUCAGUCUAGUGGUCAGAGGGUCUCAGCUUUGGCUUGGGCAGGCUUCCAGGUGCUUGCUAACCGCUGUGUAUCGUGGGAAACAGACGAGGUAUCCCAGGAUGCUUUGGGAUAUGCCGGUCUUGCUCGUCAGGUGUCCUUGCUUCUGACCAAUCACCUUGCUCGAGCGACGGAGAGCUGUGGCAAUGAGGCAGCGGGAAGUGAGGCCCUACAGGAGGUUCUUAGCCUGCUGAAUAACUUAUCCAGGAGUCGUAUGGGUCGUGCCAUCCUAAGCCAGCCAGCUUGCGUCUCCAAGCUUCUAUCUCUUCUCCUCGACCAGCGCCCGUCUCCCAAACUUGUUCUGAUCAUCCUCCAGCUGUGCCGAGUAGCGCUCCCUCUGAUGAGUGCCCAGGACUGCGCCCAUGUUCAGCUGCCAGCGUGGGGGGCGGAGCUGGCUUCUGCUUCGGGUGGAGAAGGGGGCGUGACUACCAGUGACCCGCCUGCUCGUAUUGCCAGUCUACUACUAGCCAAGCUUGGGGAUUGUGUAGUGCCAGGAUGUCAGACAAUCCUAGCUCCAGAGCAGCUUGGUCAUCUAUCAUCAGUGAGCUUUAUUCCUGAUAGAGAGGAUGAUCUGGAGGACCAAGAUGGCCGCCUCUCCGUCUUCCUUCACAAGAGAGAGGAUCAGUCAUCUCGGGAAGUCAUCCAAGCUCUUCUUAGUUCUGAGGGUCGUCCAUUCAGGCUUGGGAGCGGAGCUAACAUGGAAAAGGUUCUGCGUAUGGAUCGUAACAUGCAUACAAAUGGCAAGGCUGAGCUCUUCACGGAGGAUGCAGCGACGGCGAUACAGAAAGCAGGCAAGCUAGCACAGGCCGGUUUCUUGGUGAGUGUAGGCGCUCCGACGGAGACCACCGAUAGUGAGAACAAUAACAAGGAGAAACUCAAGGUCACUGCCGAAGCUGUCUGCAGAGAAAAGAAUGCUGAACUUGCCAGAACGGACCCAGUGCGACCUUUCAUCAGUGGCCAUGUUGCUCACAGCAUGGCGUCUGAGGUCAUAGCUCUCAUGCAUAGCUUGCUAACAGCACCGGAAUCUAAUACAGCCAAGAUAUGGGCAUCUGCUGUAGAAAGGGUCCUAUCACAUGCCUUGUGUCAAGUGCCUCUGCUCGUAUCGCAACAGUCCAGUCACAUGGCCCUGCUAGCCUCGCAGCCGCAAGGACCAGACAUUGAGAAGCUCCUGUCCACCUGUCGUCAAGUGGUGGCAGCAUUCUGUGCCCUCGGUGGCUUCCAGGAUUGCGUCAAGAUGGGAUCAACGGCUCAGAUUGUUGGAGAUGGCUGUGUGCCGUUAGAAGCUCAUGUAUUGAGUUUAGCUGAGCAUCAAGGAAUUGCUUCUGUUUCUGUCAAGGCCGAUGAUAUCCCAAAGAUUAGCAAUCCUAUGGAUGUAUCUAUCAGCAGGCUUAUACCACCUAAAAACAUUGUACUCCCUCUUCAGCAGCUGUCAAUCACUGAGAAGCUGGUAACAGCCUUACACAGCCUCCUCCUCCCCCAGGAUGGCCAGGGCGUGUGCCCCAUGCUAGUACCCCUCCCUGCUGAAGAUGAUGGCAACAGUCAAGCUAUGGCAACAUGUCGGGUGCUGGCCGAGAUCAGCUCAAGAGCUUGUGCAGUCCUUGCUCAUCACAUGAGUGAUUCUAACUUUGCCUCAGAGUUUGUGAUGCAGACCAACCGACCCUUAGAGGUGCUCAAGUCACUUUCUCAACAAUGUGGUACAGGUGAGAGACAGAAGGUAGUAGGUGCCCAAUGUGAGAAACUGAGAAUGCUGUAUAGAGACUGUGCCAGGCCUCCUACACCACCAGCCAAGCAAAACAUCUCUAGUGUUCAUGACAUGACCCUUGACCCAAGCCGUCCCUACCCACCGAUCAAGGCCUGUCUCUUCUCGCGAUGCAUGACCUCCUUGACCUUUCUAGGCGACCCCGUGACCUCUGGUGGUCUACCAGCCGGUGUCAUGUGCUAUGCAACUCAGGCAGUACCUCAACAGGCAACUUCUUUUUACUGGGAGCUUGAGAUCUGUUCUUAUGGCGAUGCUGCAGAAGAUUCUGGUCCUAAUGUUUCGAUGGGCCUGGCCCCUCCUGCAGAGAAGAAGGAUGGUGCUAACAAUUGGACCAACCCCAUUGGAACUGUGCUGUUCCCUGUGAGUGGGCAUGCCAUUCACUACAGCGGGGCGAGUCUCCUGCGCUGGAAGAGCGUCCGUUUGGACAUCACUCUCAAGGUUGGUGAUGUCAUUGGCAUGGGAUGGCAACAGAACGAUGACCCUACACCUAUGAACGGGUCGGGUGGAGCGGGUCAUAUCUUCAUGACCUUGAACGGUCACAAGUUUGCCCCUACCCUGGAGGAGGUCAGUGGAGGGCUGUGGCCGGUCGUACAUGUUCAGAAGAAGAACACACAGGUCCGAGUCAACUUUGGUAAUAGGCCAUUCGCCUAUGUGGAUGGCCACUGUCACCACACGGCAGCGCUCGAGUCUUCGGACUCCCUGGAGGAGAUCACUGCUAACUUUGGGGCUCUUCCAUUCGCUAUGAUGGGGGAGAGCGACAGUGAUAAGGAGCCCACCCCUCCAUCAACUCCUUCCACUGAACAGGCAUCGCCUAUCAUCAGUACUGCUCCGGGAAUAUCGUUCAAAUUGGCAACUCCACAAAAACCAAAGAAAGACUAUGACAUAACUGAAUCCCAGCUGUACAGCCUACCUGGGGUGUACGCCGACUUCACGACGUCGGGUCUAUCCCCUCACCAGACGGCCCUGUCCUCUGCCCAGGAUGACUCUGAUGAAGAGGAGAGGGAUGGGGACGGACAGCAGGACCAUGUAUCGUUGUUAGUCCGAGCCUGGGAACUCAAGGUCUUCCCAGUCAUCAGGAGAAGAUUCAGGAAUGAAGCGGAGAGAAGGUCUGGCCUGGAGCAGAUCAAAGGAGCUCUGCAGUUAGGCAUGACAGACAUCGCCCGUCAGACCGUGGAAUUCCUGUACGAGGAGAACGGUGGCAUCCCUCGGGACCUCCACCUGCCGACCAUCGACGACGUCAAGCAGGAGGCCGCCAAGUUCACCAUCGACAAGGUCCGGAAGGGAACCACUGUCCUGAUCAGACCUCUGGGUGAGGAGAGUACCGGGACUGCAGGAGGGAUGUUGGUUCCCAAGUACGCCAUCAGGAGCAUGCUGAAGACGCUUGGUCUGUCAGGGGUCGUACUGGAUGUGGAUACGCAACAUGAGUUAGUCCAGGUAGAGUCAUACCUGAGGAGUGAGGGAGUUCUUGUUAGAUACUGGUAUCCACUAGAUAUGUUAGAGCGCCCUCUAUCAGGCAUGCGUCGGGUCAGCAGCUCAUUGACCGGAACAACGUCCAUCGACAUCUCAAAUAUACAGCUACACAGAGAGCUUCUACAACUGGAAUCAUCCUUAGCUCGCCUCUACUGUCGGACAGCUCUAACCAAGUUCCUCUCUCACUGUCAAAGCCCAGAGGUCAUUGAAGCAAUCCCAUGUUCCCUUUCACCCCCGCUGACUGAGCAACACCCCUCCUCUGCCUCUCCGCUCGCUGCCAACGGUGGCGCCAGACAGCACAUCUCACACCUACAACUCUUGUCCAACCAGCUACUGACGUCAUCCCAGCAGAAUGGGCAACUCCAUGAGCCCUCCUUGCUGACGUCGUGCGGCGUUGGCCACAGCUUGGCACCGAUCAUCACAAGGAGUCUUACAGCCAUUUUUUAUGGGGCCGAAGAGCUGCCGUUCCUCAAGAAGGAGCUUGCUAUCUCUAUAGCAACAGCAGCACAACAAGGAGAGAGGCACCUCUUGGAGCUGACCAAUCAGAUUUGUGGAAUCUUCCAAGACCCCUGUUCAGCCUUUGACGUAGAAUCAAUUAAGAUUGGUGAAAAGAUCAACAAUAAUUAUUUCUUCAAGAAUGCUGUGGGUUUGGUAGUCAGCUGUAAGAGAGAUAUCCCUUCAUCCCACAGAGAGUCAUCUCUAUACCAGGCCCCUUGGGCAAGGGUCAGCUGCUAUGGCAUGGGACAGAGAGUCAAGAAAUCUGGUAGUGUGGCACCGUUAGAGGUGGUGAGCUACCCUGCCGAUGUUACCCUGAACAACUCCGGAGGAUUGGCAGCUCCCUCUUCCCACAUCGUCGAUCCUUAUCCUUCCGUGGUGCUACCCUGCAACAAGAUCCAUGUCAAAGCAGGCGUGUCUCCCGCUCCAAACUAUGUCAUGACCAUCCAUGGACUGCCUGCGGAGUUCCCACUGGCCAUGGCAUUUGUGGAGUCACUGAUUGGGUGUCGACAGGAGAUGGGCGAACAGCGAGUCGAUCGGCAUGCCAAUGUGACGUUGCGACCUGUGGCAGAGAGCAUUGGUGAGCGGGAAGGGAUUCUGAAGAAGACAAGGAAGAUUUCCACCAUUGUUUAUAUCAGGGUACUGGAGUUGCUCAGCGGAUAUGUUGGUCGGGCAGCAGUGCCGGCUGUGAUCAAGGAACACUUGUUUCUUGUUAUGGCUCAGGUCUUGAGGCUUAUCCGCAAAGUAGAUGAUGAGGAUGGAGCAAGUGCCUCUCCUAUCACAAUGGUUCCACCGUCGGUGUUGGCAGAGUUGAGAAGGUUCCGCUCUGAGCUUGGAAAGCUGUUUGAUGAGGAAGCACUUCUCGCAGUGAUUGGCAGUGGCUCAGUGGCACCAGGACAGCACACAUCUUAUUUCCAAGCCCUCAUGGAACUUUGCUUGGCUAUGUCAGAGAUCGAUCAGUUCCCUUUAGCACCUCAGACAGGUUCUUCUUCUAUCUCGGUAACAGUCACUCUUCCCUCCCCACGACCAGCCUCCAUGGUGAGCCCCAAGCAGCUUGUGAGGUCCAGCCCUCAGGUCACAUCCCGCAAACGUCGGCCUAAAAUGAAGAGAGCUGGACAGCAAAAGAGGACUCCUCACAAUAGCGAAAGUGACAGUGGUGAAGCAUCAUCAAAUGGUGCAAACAAUCCAGAGGAUAUGCUGUGGUUUCAUCGUGCUUCAACCUUGAAUGUUAUUCUAAGGUACCUCGAUAGUCAAGAUCCACAGGGGGAGUCGUCCAUGAGAACAGCCAUCAGGGAUGCACACCAGAGUGUGACAAAUCCGACUGCAUAUUCUAGGUUGGUGGUGAUCUCAGGAUUGCCACCGAACAUGGAGGAACCAGCAGCAAGGAGGGCAAUCCUCAAGGCCUGUAAUCAAGCAGGUGGCCUUUUCAAAGAUGAAAUAUGGAUCCCCAUCCAGGAAGAGGUGAAGCCACCAACUGCAAUUGAUGCAGACCCUAAAUCUGAACAGUCACAGGUCUCAGAGCUAACUCAAUCUGAUGCACCUGUACAAGGUGCUUCAGAUCAAACACCAGAAGAGAUAUCUGCUGCAGAACACCAUGAGCCUGAAAGGACAACCGAAUCUGACACACCGACGAGUCUUCCUGUAGACCAAGAUUCCAACCAGUGUGAAGCAUCCAGCACAGAAGCUAGCAGCGAACCCAAACCCAGCAGUAAAAAGAACUUUGUUCAGGGAUAUGCAGUAAUUGAAGUACGCAGUAAGGCUAAAGUUGAGGACAUAGAGCAUGCACUUUUGAAUAGCAGGAUCCUGGACGACUCCCUUCCAUUUGACAAUGACUCCAUGAUGAGUGUCACUGGAGAGGAUGUACUCACCAUUGCAACAGUCACUCCUUCCCUCCUCACGGAACCAUCAGAAAUGGAAGCUCUAGUAGGGUACCUGAAACACAAGCUCCUGCCCCAUGAGACCUCUGAGCAACUAUCCUUAGGUGAGCAGGCUUCUGCAGCUUUAGAGGACAUCUUCAACAGCUGCGUCAGGUGCUCUCACUUCAAGUCCAAACCCAGCCAGGACUCAGAUGCAGCCCAACCUGAGAUCUGCCUUUCCAAAGAACAGAUCCUAUCAACCUGCCCAGGAAACCUACUCUUAGAAUUCUUUACCACCAUGCAUCCAUCCAAGAUGACUGUAGAGGAGUUUGUCUGCGACAUCAUCCAGAAGUAUGGAGUACUGCUACCUGAAAUCAAGGAGAAGAAAACAGUUACCAAGCCUGGUAAAGAUGGCAGUAAGGGCUCUGGGAAGCGACCAAGCAAGACCAUGUCUAAGGAGAGAUACAGUCCAGAGUUUACAUCACCCAAGGGAAAGCCUCCAUUUGCAGCAGAAAGGAAGGUGAAAGUAGUUGACAAACGGUCUGGCCUCAAGGACAUGAGUAGCAAGGAGAAAGUCUUGAUGGAAGAGACUAGCUGUCAAAAGAAAGUGUUGAAGAAAGGACUCAACUUACAUGGAUUGCUAUGCAUGGGACUUGACAGAGCUACUGAAGAUGUGUGCUCUCUCUGGCGCAGUCUUCUUGCUACAGGAUUUGAUAUUCACUUUGAGAGGACCAGAUAUGAGGAUCCAAACAAAGCGCUCGUGUCACAGCACUCCUGGACCAAUCAUCAGGACCAGGCCUUAGUCCAGUACACCAAUGAGUUAUGUCUCAAGCUCGCCAUCACGCCGGCUAGACUACAUCCCCAUGAGUUGGUCUUUUCCGAGGCUGACCUAGCCAGACCCGAGUAUAGCUGCCUGACAGGUGUUCCCAUAGCAACCAUCAGAUUGCGUUAUGCCUUUCUACAAUCCCUCAACACCAACCUGGAGCACCACUUCCUGCCACUGGUUGACCUUCGACCUUCGCAAUCUCUCAUGGAGAGCACAGCCGCGCUGCUCUCCCGGACUCGUGAGUGGUUGUUCUACGAUACCAAAGUACGCUUCUUCAAUCUCCUCCUGGAUGCCACCGCCCAGAGGAAUGUGGACACGGCAGCCCCUGAGGUGUCCCUUGAUCCACUGCAAGUUAUAGGAACAUCAACCAAAGAUAAGUCACCCACUUUCUGCCAAGCUGCUUCGGCCCUUGCCAAUGUCUACUCCUCUCAACUGUGUGUGAAGAUAGCCAGCGGGGGUGACCCCACGUAUGCCUUCAAUGUCAAACUAGUUGGAGAGGAAGUCCAUGGAACAAGUGGCUCUUUCCGGCACUUCUUGGGAGAGGUAACGCAGGAGCUUCAUAGCGACAGGCUACGUCUUCUCAUGCCAUGUCUUAGUGGUUGUGCGCAAGACAAAUAUAGAGGGCGCUAUAUACUUCGACCCGAUCCCAUGACCUACCCGGAAGAAAGGAUGCUAAUCUUCUUCGGACAGCUCCUUGGAAUAGCCAUGAGGGCUGACAUACCGUUGGCCCUGGACCUACUACCCAGCUUCUGGAAGUGCCUGGUCCAAGAACCACUAGAUCCAGACCAGGAUCUUGCUGAGGCUGAUAGUGCAACUCACAAAUUCAUCCAGAGGAUGGACCAGGCACAGAGCGAGGAGGAGUUUUCAGCAGUGUGUUCAGACAUCGUAGCUGCCUAUCUCCAUCCUGAACAGGAUGCCCUCUCCAGUCCCGGUGCAUCGUGUGUCGGAAUGAACCUUCAUUUUGAGUAUCCUAACAUGAUGGGUGAUCUGGUGGAACUCUGUCCCAAUGGUCAUGAGAUUCCCGUCAGGUGGGGCAAUCGUCAAGAGUACAUAGCAGCAGUCAGAGAUCUUCGUCUAAGGGAGUUGGCCUGUCCGGAGAGGAUGUUGGCUAUCCGCUGUGGCCUGGCAUCCAUCGUUCCUCACCGUUUGCUCACCAUCAUGAACCCAGUGGACAUGGAGCUUAGGAUGUGUGGAAGACCACAUGUGGACCUGGCCAUGCUGAAGGCCCAUACAAUGUACCAGGUUGGUCUGGUGGAAACAGACACCCACAUCGAGUUCUUCUGGCAAGCCUUGGAUAGUUUCUCCCAGGAAGAACUCAGUCGCUUCAUCAAGUUCGCUUGCAACCAGGAGCGGAUCCCCAGCACCUGUCCCUGCAGACAGGGGGGCAAUGAGGCCGCCCAUGUUCCACCCUACCCCAUGAAGAUAGCCCCGCCCGAUGGACCUGGUGGCUCACCUGAUCAGCGAUUUAUCCGUGUCGAGACCUGCAUGUUCAUGAUCAAGCUGCCUCAGUACUCCACCCUUGCUGUCAUGAAAGAGAAGCUGCUCUAUGCAAUCAACUGUAGGGAAGAUCCUCUCAGUGGAUGAUACUCUUAUUCAAUCGGCCUUUCUGCAUUCAGAGAUAAAGCUGCUCCAUGCAAUUAACUGUAGGGAAGAUCCUCUCAGUGGAUGAUACUCUUAUUUAUCGGCCUUUCUGCAUUCAGAGAUAAAGCUGCUCCAUGCAAUCAACUGUAGGGAAGAUCCUCUCAGUGGAUGAUACUCUUAUUUCAUUGGCCUUCCUGCAUUCAGAGAUAAAGCUGCUCCAUGCAAUCAACUGUAGGGAAGAUCCUCUUAGUGGAUGAUACACUUAUUCAUCAAUUUUUCUGCAUUCAGAGACAAAGCUGCUCCUUGCAAUCAACUGCAGUGGGGACCCACCCAGUUAUAGAUUCACCACCUCUCGUUGGUUGGUAUUCAGAGAAUGAACGAUUGCCAAGAAAAUGCCAUCAUUAGUCAUAAGAAUGUAAUCAUGUUGCUCUUUCAUGUUUUGUCAUCUGUGAGCAUUCAUAAUCUUGACCUUGCGAUCAAGUGUGGUGACUUUAAAAUCAAGGGAUGAUUGUUUGGUUGGUAUUCAGAGAUGAUUGAUUGCUAUCAAAAUGCUUUCAGAAUUUGUGUACGUGUAGCUAGCAAAAAGUAAUGAUUAGUCACAAGAUGAUUUGAUGAUUAGAGUUCUUUUGUUUGAGAUUUUGUCACCGUGAUCCGUUUGUGAUUUCAUCAAAAAGCAUUCAGCAUCCAAACUGUUUAGAAAUGUGAUCAACCGAGGAUUCAUAAUUGGGUGUUCAUCUCUACAUGCAUGAUAUUUACUAUAUCAUCAGGAUACACUAUCAAUCAACAUGUUGUUAGUUUUAUAUGUUGAUGGUACGAUUGCGAAUUAUUACAGUCAUGAUUCAGAGUUUGUAUCUGAGUGCAUCCUUGAAUGACAUUCUUCAUCAACUGCUACUAGUAUUUAAGAUUCAAUUGAUCACCAGCAAAUAUUCAUGGUGAUAAAUCAAUCAUCGGGCAAUCUUGUUCUACCAUUAUCAGAUUUAUUCAAGUUUUUCAUGUUAUCAUAAGAUGAUUACCAUGAAAACGGUAUAUACCGUGAAAAUUAUGCAAUGUCUUUCAGUAAUCGUUGAGUUAUGUCAAGUGUGGUUGGGGUGUUAGUGUUGGUGUUAGGGUGGUGUAGUACGUAAGUGUGAAUGGGACUACCAAGCCUAGCUCCGACACCGAAUGUGGAUUUUUGGGAAAUGAAGGCAAUCUCAUUAUUGAUAUCUUGACACCGAGUGAUGUCACAUUCAGCACUGGCUUCAUCGCAUGAUUGGUGCCAUUGAUGGUGUCAAAACAAACAGCCCAAACCAACACUAGCUGUCAAUACACCAAAUUUAUGAAGAGAGUAGCACCAUUAUGAAUUUAAUUUACUACCACACUACUUUCAAGCCCAAGCAUCUAUUGUUUUUUUUAUGUGCUAAUAGUUUAGAAAAUAAUACCAAAGGCAAUGUAAUCAGAGUCUACAGUAUCCUCCACCUAAGGUUAGGGUCAUAGGCAAGCUGUAGUUAAUUUUGUUUUUGUCGUCUCUUCAUCUUAACUUAUUUUCACUGGCAGAACAUUUGACAUAAUCACUUGGCUCAAGUACAUCUAUGCAUAUGGGCGAUGUCAGUGAUCUGAUUCGCUUUUGAGGUUAGAGUUCGUAAGAUUUCAGGGGUCAUUGUUAUGUCAUGACUGGCUAGGGCUAAGAAUGGAGGAUGCACUCAAAUGUGCAACGUGGAGAGAGGGGUAAGGGCGAUUGCUGUGAGUGUGAGGUGAGUCUGGACACCCCUAUCAAACAUGGAUACAACAGGAUUUGAAUUUUGGACCACUCUCAACAUGCAUGUGAUAUUGAUCCUAAUGUCAUCUGCAUUACGAAUUGAGAAUCCACAUGCAUGUAGUUUAAGGUCAUAUUUUCCUUUCAUGUUGAUUUUUUUUUUCAGUUUAGUACAUGCGCAUGUUUGAUAAACGAUAAAUGUUUAAGGGUUGUUGAUUUAUUUGAAUUUUUUUUUUACAAGGAUUUUCAUGCGAGAAACAGUAUUUUGACUGAAGGCUUUUGUACUGCAGGUAGUUGACUGACAUGUAUGUGUAGUAAAGCAGAUAUCUGAUAUUUUAUUUAUUCUAAAGGUAGAAAGUAAAUGUUUACUUAUUAAACAUUCUUCCAAUACAUGUUCAUGUAGACAAAAUAACUGGAAUUAUUCUAGAACCUUGUUUAAAAGUCCAAUCUACUGAAAUUUAAUGGGUGUUUGUUCAUUUCAUUACUCAUACAAGUAAGUGCAAAUCUUGCAUUCACUAUGAUGUAAUGAUAGACAUGUUUGAGCUCUGUCUAUAGUAUAGAUGUAGUUAUAUUCAUGUACAUUGCAGAUCUAUAAAUUCUGAGAUAUAUUUUUGCAUAACAUAAGUUAUAAUAACCAAAAAGAGAGUUUGGAGACUGAAUAUCUUAUUUAGUUGACUGCUUCUUGUAGUGAAGCCAAGUAUGUGGUUGUGUAGAAAAAAGAAAGAGAGAGAGAGUGUGUGUGUGUGUGAUGUUUCAUUGGUUUUAUAUUGCUAGUAGGUCACAGCAGUUGAUAUUUAUUUUGAAGGAUAUAUGAUGCAAUCAAUAGUUGUAUUUAGAAUUCAUAUCAUUGAUAGUAGUUUGAGAUGCGUGUUUAUCUUCCUUGUGUAUCUUCUUCUUGUUUGAAAUAAAAUGUGAGUAGUCAGUACUAAAGGGACUUUAUAAAGAAACCUAAAACGGGUAAGAAUGAAUCCCAAGUAUUAGCAGGUUUAUUUCUAUAUGCUUAAAAAAUAUUCAUUCAAACUUAAUUGGGACAAUAUUGAAAAAAAUUAUUUGGAGUUAUAUAUAUUACUUUUCAAUCAAACAAGUCCUGCCACAUCUAACAAACCCAAGUAACCAAAUUUAAAAUGUAAGUAAAAUAUAACAUUUUUUUUAAAGGAUGCUUUAAUUUUAAAAGAGUAAGAUUCUAGCAUUGCCUGAUACUUUAACAGAUACUUCUGUUGUGGUCAAAUUGAAUGUUACAGUAAGAUGUUUAAAGGAGAAUCCAACUCAAAUUGAAAAUUAUUUUAGUUUAGAAAGAUCACAGAAGCAGGAAAUUACAGACAAUAUUAAAUUGCCACCAUUGCAAACAUUUUUUUCUUCAGAUAACGGGUUUUAACAGCCCAAAUACAUGUACAUGCCGUUUAAUUUCCAAAGUUUGAAUUUUCUGUAAUUUGAAAUUGUAUUUUUUAAAAUUUGUAAUCAUGUAACAACAUACUUAUGCUUGUAUUGUAAUGGAGUAAAUAGGCACAUGAAAUAUUUGUCUUCAUUGUAUAAUUUGCUAGCUUUGAAUUGGAAUCUGAGUAUACUGAUUUUAUAUCAUUUUAAAGUUAUUUAUUUAAGAAUGCUUUCCUAAACAGAGAAUAGAACAGAGAGAUAAUAAUUUUUAUAAAGCUAUUUUAUUUCUACCAGAAUGAUUUUGUUUAAUUUAGACAUGUAUUGAAUUUUCUAAUUUGCAAUAUUUAUAAUUCGAUAGUUAAGUUUUUUUUCACUCAUAAUGAUUACUACUAUUAUUGUUUAAGUUACCUUGGUAUGGGAAAUGUAAUGUAGCAACUCCAACACAUUACAUUUAUUUUUGUAACUAUGGUGCAAGAAUGAUUAGAUUUACGUUAACAUUUUUUAAAAUACAACAUGAAAAGCACUAUUGUAAGCAGUCUUUUUGAACAUGCAAGAAAAGUGCUAUGUUUCUUUGUAGAUAUGAAUUGUGUGUCUCAGUUUAAAUUCAAUGUAUGUUAAUUUUUCUUUGGAAGUAGAAUACAAUUUGAUGACACACGGCUUUAUGAAACACCCACCAGUAGUAUGGCCCGCAUAAUUUGGGCUUAGCCAGUUUGCUAUACCAUCAUAUUACAUUUUGUAAUUGUCCACCUUAUCCUGGUAAUUUCAGGGCCCCGUUACACAAAUCUUUGCGCUUCAUUGUACAACUUGUUGAUUACAUUGGUUAUUAUAUGUAUGUGCAAUCGCUCCAAUUUAACUUUACAAUUGAUGGCUAAGUUUUGUGUUACAGGCACCCAGCUGGGGCAAUAAUGGCCAUGCCAUGUUGGAUAAGUAGAAGAAUAUUACAGUUACAUUUUUUUGUGUUUGUGCUUGUAAAACUAGGGAGCACUCUAUCUGAUGGGGGAAAAGGCCAGGGCAAGCACCAUAGUCAUUGAUAUAAAAAAUGACUAUAUUUCUUAAAGUUUUAAAUACCGGUACACUUUUAUAGCAUCUUAUAACCACAUUUGUUUGCAUUAUGCCAUUGGCUACUUAACAUUCAUCUUAUAUCUCUUGUAGGACUAGCAAGAGUGUGAAAAAGAUUGAUUAUUUAUGUAGUUGUUUUUAUGUUAACUGUUUUGUACUAGAUUAUUGAAAUAACUAUUUUAGGAAAUAUUUUUUAUUUAUAUAACUUGGUUAUUUAAUCCUAUCGAUAUUGUGUGGGAGCAUGAGCAUUUGUUUUGUGAGAUACCCGGCAUGAGAUGCAGUUUGUUGCGUUUAGAAUGAUUGAUAGUACAUGGUGCAUUAGAAAUAUUAUAAUACUUGUUAUUGUUUUUAUUAUUACUAUUUUGUGUGAAUCAAAGCAAUGGUUUUUGUCUCGCCUGUAUACAUGUAUCAGCGUGAGACUACAGUGUAUAGGCGGUGCUUUUCCGGCGGCGGCGGCGGUGUCAACAAUGAAAUCUUAACCUAAGUUUAAGUUUUUGAAAUGACAUCAUAACGUAUAUGGACCUAUUUCAUGAAACUUGGACACAAGGGUAAUCAAGUAUUACUGAACAUCCUGACUGAGUUUCAGGUCACAUGACCAAGGUAAAAGGUUAUUUAGGGUCAAUUAACUUUGGCCAUGUUGGGGGUAAUUGUUGAAUUACCAUAACUUUGAAAGUUUAUAGAUAUAGUUAAUGAAUUGUGGACAUGGGGGUAAUCAAGUAUCAUUGCUCAUCUUGCAUAAGUCUUAGGUAACUUGAUGAAGGUCAAAUGUUAUUCAGGGUCAAUGAACAUAGUAUUAUAUCAUUAUAUGAAUGGUGUGUUUUUGUGAAUAAUUAUUUUAUCAAAGUCAGCACUGCUGCUAUAUUGAAUUGCGUAAUGCAGGCGAGGCUGCCAACGGCACUCCACUUGUUUAGUUAUAUUGUUGUUAAGAUCUUGGAAGUGAAUCAACUGAGAAUGAUUUUUCUAUGGGAUGAAUGCCUACAUUAUCAUGGAUAUUCAUACUGCAUGUUUGUUUUUAUAUCAUUAUUGAAAUAAAUAUUAAUUUUUAAUUCUUUGGGGAUUGUUUGAAUUUCAAUUAAAAUGGACGUGGUUUGUUUUUCUUAGUGAUAACCUAGGUAUAAGGAGUAUUGUGUUUAAUGGAUUGAAGAAGUAUAUUGGAUGAAUAGUUGAGCACUGUAUGUAUGUAUAACAUGUAUAUAUUCACAGUAUGCUAAAUUUAGCCAGAGGCGUAUAAUAAAUGAAUUUCACAUGAAA